CUCUCUCCUUUCCCUUUCUUUGACUUCUUCUUCUCCCUCUUCUUCUCCCUCUUCUUCUCUGGUUUCGUUCCUCUCUCUUUGAUUAUCUCCUUCUUCCUUGUUCCUCUUCUUCUCUUUCUCGAACGAUGUCGUCGGAGAAGGAGCGAGAGGCACACGUCUACAUGGCCAAGCUCGCCGAACAGGCCGAGCGUUACGACGAAAUGGUGGAGUGCAUGAAGAAGGUUGCUAAGCUCGAUCUAGAUCUGACUGUGGAGGAGAGGAAUCUCCUAUCUGUUGGCUACAAGAAUGUAAUUGGCGCUAGGCGAGCCUCGUGGCGCAUCAUGUCCUCAAUUGAGCAGAAGGAAGAGUCUAAGGGCAAUGACCACAAUGUCAAACUGGUUCGGGACUACCGACAGAAGGUAGAGGAGGAGCUCUCCAAGAUCUGCAACGAUAUUCUGUCCAUCAUAGACAAGCACCUGAUUCCUUCCUCCAAUGCUGGAGAAGCCACUGUUUUCUAUUAUAAAAUGAAAGGGGACUAUUACCGCUACCUCGCUGAGUUCAAGAUUGACCAGGAAAGGAAAGAGGCUGCAGAGCAAUCUCUGAAAGGCUAUGAGGCUGCUUCAAGCACUGCAAACACAGAACUCCCAUCGACCCACCCAAUCCGUUUAGGCCUUGCACUCAACUUCUCUGUAUUCUACUAUGAGAUAAUGAAUUCUCCAGAAAGGGCCUGCCAUUUAGCUAAGCAAGCUUUUGAUGAAGCAAUUGCAGAGUUGGACACGUUAAGUGAGGAGUCCUACAAGGACAGCACCCUGAUUAUGCAACUAUUGAGAGAUAACCUGACUCUCUGGACCUCUGAUUUGCCUGAAGAUGGAGGUGAAGAUGGCAUCAAAGUUGAAGAACCUAAUAAACCUGCUGAACCCGAGCACUGACCAAUGUCUUGGUGAUCAAGAAACGGGCAUUAAAUGACCAGGCUGCAUCAUGGAUGCAGUCUUUCUUUCUUCUUCUCCGGCAGACUAAGCAGACAAUGCGGAAAUCCGCAAGCAGUUAUUCCGAGCUCUAGUAAAGCCAAAGCAAAAGUGUAGCAGAUUGCUUCACCUCAGUUUCGGUUAUAUCUCUUGACAUUUUCUUUUUGCAAUUCAUGUUUUUACUCGAUGCUUGAUCAUAUAAACACGGACUCUGGAUUUCAAUACUCUGGGUUAUCUUAUAUUGUCAUCGGUCCGACUCUUCCCCA